AUGACAACCAUAACACUUUUGCAUUGUAACAAGAUACACAUCACAAUUCAGAGUGAAGAUGGGAGAAGAUGGUGAAAGGUAUGCAGUUGUGACAGGUGCAAAUAAAGGAAUUGGAUUGGAGAUAGUUAGGCAAUUAGCUUCAGCUGGAAUCAAGGUGGUUCUGACAGCAAGAAAUGAGGAAAGGGGUCUCCAAGCACUGCAGACACUCCAAGCCUCUGGUCUUUCUCACCUUGUUCUCUUUCAUCAACUGGAUGUGGCUGAUGCUACAAGUGCAGCUUCUCUUGCUCAUUUCAUCAAAUCUAAAUUUGGAAAACUUGAUAUUCUGGUUAACAAUGCAGGGAUUAGUGGAACUGGAAUUAAAAACACUGAUUUAUUCCAAGGAGUCCUGCAGAAUCGUUUGGCGAAUUUGGUUAACAAUGCAAGGAUUAGUGGAACUGAAAUUAAAAACACUGAUUUACUCCGAGGAGUCCAGCAGAAUCGUUUGGCGAAUUUGGGAGUAUCAAAAGAUGAUAGGGAAAGGGCAAUAACCCAAACAUAUGAGUUAGCUGAAGAAUGCUUGAAAAUAAAUUACUAUGGGGCUAAAAUAGUAGUAGAAUCCCUUAUGCCCCUACUCCAGUUAUCCGAUUCACCAAGAAUUGUGAAUGUAUCAUCCACUUUGGGGAUAUUAGAGAAUUUCCCAAAAGGAUCAUGGGCUAAAAGAGUGUUGAGUGAUGUUGAUAAUCUUAGUGAAGAGAAAGUGGAUGAAAUAUUGAACAAGUUUCUAAGAUAUUUCCAAGAAGGUUCAUUAGAAAGUAAUGGAUGGCCUACGUCUGCCUAUAGUGUCUCGAAAGCUGCAAUGAAUGGCUAUACUAGAAUCCUUGCUAAGAAAUAUCCUUCAUUUUGCAUCAAUAGUGUUUGCCCUGGUUAUGUCAAAACAGAUAUAACUGCAAACACUGGCAUCUUAACAGUUGAAGAAGGUGCUGCUAGUCCUGUGAGGCUAGCAUUGCUUCCUAAUGGUAGUCCAUCUGGCCUCUUCUAUUACCGGACUGACGUGGCUUCCUUUUGAUUUGUAAUAUGCAAUUUUAUGGUUUGAGAACAAACUACAUUUAUCUUGCUUUUCAAUUUAUCACUCUACAUUGCACACCA